CCGAGGCCCCGCCCCGGUCGCGCCUCCUUCCGCGGGAGCGGCGCGCGGUGCGGGCGGGAGAGCGGCUAUGGCGGGGCCCGGCGCCCCCGGCGUGCCUGUCGCCCGCUGGAAACGCCACAUAGUGCGGCAGCUUCGGCAGCGGGACCGCACGCAAAAGGCGCUCUUCCUGGAGCUGGUGCCGGCCUAUAAUCAUCUCCUAGAGAAGGCUGAGUUGCUGGCCCGGAUCUCAGAGAAGCUGCAGCCAGAGCCAAAUGAUGUCACUCCUGCGACCCUCCAGGGCCCCUGGGAGGAGGAAUCGGGGCCUGACUCAGACCAAGUCCUGUCACCAACCACUCUGAGGGUGAAGUGGCAAGAGGAGGAGGAGAGGGUCCGGCGGGACUGCGGUGAGAUGGCCUACCAGGCGGUGGAGCAGAGCGCUGCGCUGGGCGCCUUGGAGUCGACGCUGGAGGAACAGCAAAGCAGGCUGGCGGCUCUGGGGGGUCGCGUGGCGGAGCUGCAGGAAGCGCGGGCGCAGCAGACGCGGCAAGUGGACGCACAGCGGGCGCUGAACGUAGCGCAGCGGGCGGCCUACGAGGCGCUGCGCGCGCGCGCCAGGCUCCUGGAGGCGGCCCUGCGCGGGCUGGAGGAGGAGGCGCGCGACCUGCUGGAGCGGCUCGUGCAGCGCAAGGCGUGCGCUGCCGCCGAGCGCAACCUGCGCCUCGAGCGCCAGGAGAAGGCCAAGCAGGAGCGGAUGUCCUUGGAGCUAAAGAAGGCUGCCAAGCGGACAGUGAGCAUCAGCGAGAGCCCAAACACCAUAGCCGACGGGAUCAGAGAGGAGACCGAGGCUCUGGCCCUGACUGCUGAGCCCCUAUCCCUGAAGAGUGAGGCUGGUGAGAAGUGGAAGAGGCCCUUCAGAUCUGCCUCUGCCACCUCCUUGACGCUCUCCCGCUGUGUGGAUGUGGUGAAGGAGCUUCUGGAUUUCAAGAAGAGGAGAGGCCACUCCAUCGGGGGAGCUCCUGAGCUGCGGUACCAGAGCAUCCCUGUGUGUGUGGCUGCCCAGCCUCCUAGCCAGGUUCAGGAUGUGCUGGACGCCCACCUCUCCGAGGUCAAUGCUGUUUGUUUUGGCCCCAAUAGCAGCCUCCUGGCCACCGGAGGGGCUGACCGCCUCAUCCACCUCUGGAAUGUUGUGGGAGGUCGUCUGGAGGCCAACCAAACCCUUGAAGGAGCUGCUGGCAGCAUCACCAGUGUGGACUUCGACCCUUCGGGCUCACAGGUAUUAGCAGCUACUUACAAUCAGGCCGCCCAGCUCUGGAAGGUGGGAGAGGUACAGUCCAAGGAAACACUGUCUGGACACACAGACAAGGUGACGGCUGCCAAAUUCAAGCUAACAAGGCACCAGGCGGUGACUGGAAGCCGAGACCGGACAGUGAAGGAGUGGGACCUCGGCCGCGCCUACUGCUCCAGGACCAUCAAUGUCCUUUCCUACUGUAAUGAUGUGGUGUGUGGGGACCAUGUCAUCAUUAGUGGCCACAAUGACCAGAAGAUCCGGUUCUGGGACAGCAGGGUCCCCUGCUGCACCCAGGUCAUCCCUGUGCAGGGCCGGGUCACCUCCCUGAACCUCAGCCACGACCAGCUGCAUCUGCUCAGCUGUUCCCGAGAUGACACGCUCAAGGUCAUUGACCUUCGUGUCAGCAACAUCCGCCAGGUGUUCAGGGCUGAUGGCUUCAGGUGCGGUUCCGACUGGACCAAAGCCGUGUUCAGCCCGGAUAGAAGCUAUGCGCUGGCAGGUUCCUGGGACGGAGCCCUUUACAUCUGGAAUGUAGACACCGGGAAGCUGGAGGGUAGUCUGCGGGGACCCCACUGCACUGCCGUCAACGCCGUGGCCUGGUGCCCCUCGGGGAGCCAUGUGGUGAGCGCGGAGCAGGCCAGGAAGGCUGUGCUCUGGCACUAGUGCCAUGCCGAAGCCCAAAGCCAGAGGACAGCUUCCCACUGCUCACAGGCCUCCAGAGCAAGUGGGGGUGGGCGUGGGGUGGGAGGUGGGGGUGGCCUUGGGGCAUUUCAUGCGGAAUAAGGCCUGGCAGGACCUGGCCUGUCUGUUGAAAAAAAAAGUGUGUGUGUGUGUGUGUGUGUGGGGGGGAAUUACACUAUUUUUUGGGUGGUUUUUUUUUUUUUAAUCUCUGAUUUCUCACUUUCUUUGACAAAACUUUAAAAAAAAAUUGCAUCUAAACUGGUGUCUGCUUGCCUCUUUGCAGCAUUCAGGUAGCAGAGGCCUUUGGGCUGGUGGUUCGACGACACCCAGGCUUGGCCCCCUUCCUCCUUCUGCACAGAGCUGGGGCAGAGCCAGUCUGGCCUCAGUGCUGUUUGCGUCUGAGGAGACAGCACGAAGAAAGGCUCACAGGCAGCAAAGGGCAGUGGCUCUUGGGGCCAUGGGAAUUUCACCCUUGGUCCAAGCUGGUCCAGAGGCCAACACCUUGGGCCCUCCUAUGUCAGGCACCCAGGGUAGACUGAGGCUGUGGAGGGGCGUUGGGAGUUCCAAGGAAGGGAGCACAGGAAGCAGCCCAGAGGGGCUCUGAUGGAGAGGGUCCUAACAAACCAGAGAGUGAUGUCAAGUACUUAGUACACCAGGCCUGCCUAAGAUGGGGGCACGUUCUUGCUCCAGAGGUAGGGCCCAGAACGGGUGGGGAACAGCCUGUGUGGGUCUGUGUGUUGGGGAGGGCAGCCGUGGGCUGGGCCUGGGUUGGGGCUUCACUUAUGCAGGCACCACAGGCCUGUGGAGUACAAGGCAGACCCAGCGGGGCAGAGCCUGGGCACCCCACUUCCCUUGUCAACCUUGGGCACGGAGGAGUCAUCAGCAGGACAGCCAUCGCCAGUCACAAGACAGCAGAAGGGCCUUCUGUCCCCGAGUGACGGGACCUUACUGUGGAGCGCUGCUCAUCUGAGAUUCAAAGCCUUCACUCUAGAAUUCUCAGUUUCCUUCUUUAUCACCUUACAAAGUCUCCCUUGGGGCUCACUGCCAUUUCCAGGGUUUGGAAGCCGUUCCCAGGAUGAGCGGUAGGUUGCUGAGAGCCUGAACUCUGCGGCCAGGCUGUGUUUGAGUCGCAGCCCACUAUUUAGUAGCUGGGUGAUUUUAAGCAGGUUCCUUAACGGCUUUGUGCCUUAGUUUACCCCCUGUGAAAGGGGCAAAUAAUAGUACUCACCGCAGAGGAUGCCUGCGUGGCACAAUCCAUUAGGUUUCCACUGGGGUCGUGAUCUUGGGGUUCUGAGAUGGAGCCCCGUGUCAGGCUCCGCGCUCAGCAGUCUGCCUGAGAUUCAUUCCCCCUCUCGCUGCCCCUCUCCCCCACUUCCCAUUCACGCUUUCUCCCUCUCCCUCUCUUAAAAAAAAGAAAAAUAGUGGUCACCUCAGAAUUUAUUGUACGGACUCCGCGUGUUAGUAUCUGUGCAGCUCCUGGCACGUGCCAAAGGCCGCAUGUUGAUUAAACAGCCAGGCCACACUCUGCUCACUCUCCCAUCACCACUGCUUUUGGCCCCGCUAUCUCCUGAGCUCUAGGUGACAUACCCAGCUGCCUCCUGGACAUCAUCUCCCCGACGUAAGUGUCUCUUCCCCUCGUGCCCCACAUCCUCCCGCACCAGGGGCCGGAGACAUUGUGUCUAACUUUAAACUCGCUGCAACGCCGGCCCCUCUUGCCCUGGCCAGAGUGACUUUCUAAGGUAUCAUGGUCACAGAUACAACCCUUUGAAGUUCCCAGGCUGCCUGCAGAGAAGCUUCUUGGCAUUAAAUCCAAAGCCCUCAGGAGUGAGCCCGCUGACCUCAGCUGCAUUUUUAUUUCCUUGCUACUCUGAAUGUUUCGCACGUUGAUUUUCUCUCUGCCCAGAAUGUUCUUCCCUCCCAGCCCCCAACUCAAAUUUGUCCUUCGGGAUCCUCUCACUGAGAGCCUUUCCUCACUUACCAGGCUGGCUAGGGACCUCCUCUCCCCUUGUGUUCCUCUUUGUGUCUCCUUCCCUCCAUUUUCAGUCGGGGAGCUCUUGGAAGAGGGCAGGAUGGGAACAGAGUAAUUCCCGGGAUUAGGCCCGGCCCAGAGAGCGCCUCGGGAAAUGUCUGUUAAAUGGCUGACUCAGCAAGUCUAACAGCUGAAGAUGCUAGGAGUCCAGUACUUUCCAGCCUGAGCCCCGGAGGCCCAGCCCUCUUGUCCUGGCUCCCAGUGGCCACCAGGAGUCACCAGCUGCUUAGCGUCUGCUGAGCCAGUCUCCAGUCUCCUGGGAUUCACGCCUGGAGGCCGGGUGCUUCAGGAGCCACGAUUACCAAGCGAAGUGCUUCGGGGUCCGGCACAGUGCCCUGCACUUUUCCUGCAGCGUGGCUGGGAGGUAGUUUCUCUUUCGUAGGUGAUGGAAUUGACGCUCAGAUUAAGUAUUGUGAGAUCACACAGCCGGCACAGCUGGAUUGUGUCUAUUACACUUGCGGUUUUUGUUGUUUUUGGUUUUUUUAAGUUUGAUUUGACAGUUUUUUAAAAAUAAUUUUUAUUUUGUUAUAUUAGUCACCAUACAGCACAUCAACAAAAUAACGUUUUGAGAAUCUGGGCCCCCGAUUAUGCAGGGCUGCAGGCCGUCCUCCCGACCCUUCGUCCCCAAGUGGUACAUGCCCUGCCCUCACCGCUGGGGGAUUCUAGCUCUGUCUUUCCUAAAUCGCUCCCUGCAGCCUCUCUGUUUUCCAUUCUGGGCUCUGGCUGCCUAGGAUUAUGGUCAGUGUCCCCUGAAGUGCGGGACAAGCAGGGCCACGAGCGUGAGGUGAACUAGAUCCUGGGGGGGCUGUUAGCGGCUACACCUCUCGGGGCAGGAACCUCACAGGACUGCAGUGAAGGCUGCUUAGAUAAUCCAGAAAAGGCGUUCAGAAAUGUCGGACUCAGCUCCAGGGACAGCAAGCCCUCUGCUCCCGUAAACCUUCCCUUCCUUGUGGGGCCAAUCUGACAGCACCCCUUGGGGUGCAUUUGCUUCACCUCAGCACAUGCAUACCUCACUUUACUUGGAAGGACUGCUUCCUGGGGGAGCAAGUCUGGAAGGGCCAGCGACAGGCCAAAGCGUUCCAGGGAAGUGUGGGUGCGGAGGAAGAGGGGCUGGCAAAGAUUGAGCAGGGGAGGAGCUCCGGAAAGCCAGCUGGGGAGGCUGCCCCUCCAUCGAGCCUUUGAAGUUCCCUUUAGAGGGGGGAGGAUAGAGCCCUGGGGCUAAAAACCCCGUCAGUAUCCUCUGCCUUUCACCUUCCAGGUUUUCAGUCCUCAGGUACUCGGGCUGCCUGAGUUCAGGUCUCUAAUGUCAAAACGAGAAUGGCCUUUCCCUUGGUGUGCACGUGGGCUGAAGCCCAGAGAGGGGCCAGGGUCUUGUGCAGUGUCACCC